AUGAGUGAUAAAGAAGAUGUUCUUGAAGAUUUAUUUUUUGAUUCUAAUUGUAAAACCAGUGAUAAUAUAUCAAUUGGUUCUAGUAAUAGGGCUGUUUCAACAGUUCAAGAAAAUCAACCUUAUGCAACAAAAAAAAGCAAAUUAGUGCAUAGGCAAAAAUAUGCAAAAUUCAAUGAUCAAGCUGAUGGUCAAAAAUUAAAAAAACUUCUUCUUUUAUCAUAUGAGUCAUAUUAUGCUACCUUAUCUAUUAUAUAUCCUUUAAUUGAAGCACUUAAAUUUAUAUUUGCUGAAUUCAAAAUAUUAAAUGAUGCUCAAGAUGAUGAACAAACUACUCCAAAUUAUAAACAAACAACAUCAAUAUAUACUACUUCCUUAAAUAGUAACAAUAUUUGUCAUAAUCGUUUACACUCUUCAAUUUUUGAUAUGUCUACUUCAACUUAUACUGCAUCUAAUCUUUUAGCUAAAUUAAAAUGCUACCUGGAUCCUACACAAACUCCUAUCACUAAAGAUAUU